UUAAAAUUUUAAAUAUGGUUGAAGAUAAAUUAGCGACACAAAAUGUAUUUUCGAAAUUAAUUUUUCUUCCCUUUAACGAACCAUGGGCUUAUUUCAUUGCGUUAACAACGUUAUUGAAUGUUAUUAUAAACAUAAUCCAUUUUUUCUUUCAAUAUAGUACGGAAACGUGGUCUUACAUUUACUAUGCUUUCGAAUUUUUCUUUCUUGUUAACAUCAUCGGCCUUUUAAUACAUAGGUAUAUGCCAAAACAACGAAGAAGCAGAACCGAAGAACCCAUUCAUCCUCUUCACCUAUUGUUAAAUAUUAUCUCUGUAUUGCCGUACUAUGAAAUUCACUAUCUUUUACAUUUACAUACUUGGAAUGUAUAUAAACCAGUUGAUUUUUAUAGAAUCAAAGUGGUGUUAAGAAUUAUAAGUGUGUACCUUUUUUUUAAAAGGAAAACAAAUUCUGUUGGUAUAAAUCACGUAGCUGUUGUAAUUAUGCAACAUCUUACAAGAGUAUUGGUGAUUAGCGUCGUGUUAUCUUGCGUUUGGUAUUUGUUUGCGUGUUUUCGUUGCGGUUUUAGAAAUUGGACCCAUGCUGUACCAACCGAUACAAUUAACGUUAAUAAUUCGUUGCAUUGGUGGAUAACUAGUUUUCAUAUAACCUCAAGUAUUGUGGCGCAUAAUUGGAUGGGGAGAGUGUUAAGUGAUAGAGAAUUGGAAUGGAUUUUUAUUAUAUUUUCUAUGCUGCUUGGAUUUUCGAUGCAUUUAAUGAUUUUUUUGGGCGAAUUAACAGCCCUUUUUUCCCAUCUUCAUAUUUAUCAAUUUAAUUUUACAACGCGCAUUAAAAAAACGAUGGAUCUUCUUAAGGAUUGGAACGUGGACCAAAAAAUUCAACGAAAAGUGAUUGAUUAUUACGAGUUUUUUUGGGAAAAACGCAAGGGUGAAAAAAAGAUGCCUUUGGCGUUUUUUUGGUUACCCGUAACCGUUCAAAGAGCUGUCGCUUUAGAUAUAUUUUGGGAUGCUUUAAGACAUUCUCAUCUGUUAACAAUAACGGAUAUGUCGUUUAAAAAGAGUAUUGCAAUGGUGAUGCGAAGUGAAUUUAUGUUACCGGGGGAUUAUAUUUAUAAAGCCGGGGAGAUAAAAUCAAAAAUGUUUUACAUCGUUUCAGGGGUUGUCCAAGUUCUUUCCUCGGAAGAUAACGAAUCGCCGUAUUUGUCUUUAUCCGCUGGGACUUUAUUGGGCGAAUUUAACAUUUUUCGCCCAAUCAUUGGAACAGCAAGUGUUAAAUGUGCCACGUUUUGUGAAUUUCACACAUUAAAAACUACGGCUUUAGUAAAGAUUUUAGCACAACAUCGUUUGACGGCGCAAAUGAUACACGGACUUGUUUUAUCGAGAACUGAUAGCGCUAAAAAGUUGUAUUCUAAAACUAGAUACUUAAGAAUUAGGGAAGAUAAUGAUGUCUCAAUGAAACGAUUUAAACAUCAAUGGAGAGCUGUGCACGCUUUGCAUAUCAAUAAAAAAGAGGAGAUUCAAGAUAGUCUUUGGCAACAAUUAGAUAAAACGUUUUACUCGGCUUAUUUGGAUUUUAUGGUGUUAAGUGAAGAAGUUGAAUUGAAGAUCCAAGCGAUUUGUUUAACAUCGCAAUGUCCACUUAUAAUGGAGCCUCAAUCUAGUUUUCGUCAUUUCUGCGAUUGGAUUGUUUUAAUUUGUAUUUGCGUGCAGUUUAUUUUAAUUCCGAAAGUGGCGUUUUUUGAUGUUGAGGUGUCGCCUCAAAGCAUGGUUUAUUUAAGCAUUCUCGAUAUGACGAAUUAUUUCGACAUUUACCUCCAAUUAACGACAGCCAUUAAUCUUCAAUCGCAGAUUAUUUCGAAAUGUGGCGAAAUUUUUCUUCAUCGGAUCGUCCAAUUUACGUUUCUCAUCGAUGUGGUGGCCAGCUUUCCAUAUCCACUGUUAGUUAAAUAUGUUGGGCUAAAGGAUUUGGUGUUAUUGUCUACUUUACCAAGAGUUAUUAAAAUUUAUAAACUAUUCGUGCUCAUCGAUGAGAAAUUAAAAAGCCCUUUCCGAAGAAACAUUUUUCUUAAAAUUAUUAAAUACGUUUUACUUCAUUUAAUAACGAUUUAUUUAUUUUCUACAGGAUAUUACGCCAUUGCGUGUUUCAAAAAUCUUUGUAUAAUGAAUAGUUGGUUUUCCCAAUUUAGAAUACCCUCCGAACAACGUUUUAGCAUCGCUAUAUAUCAUAUUUCCUCUGUGUAUUUAGGAGUCGGAGUCACCGAUGUUAUAUCUUACCUUUUAACCGAUGUGAUAUAUCGAACAAUCAUGAUAUACUUCGCUUAUUUCUUAUUCACAACAAGCAUCGCUGAUAUAACAGCCAGCGUUGUGUUAAGUGUCAGAAAAGGUUACGCUCAUCAAGACGAAAUCCAAAUGGUCGAUCAUAUCAUGAAGCAACGAAGCAUCGAUAUGAAUCUCCGUAAAAGAUUAAUGAAGAUUCUAAAUUUUAAUUGGCGACUAAAUGAAGGUUCCGACUUGUAUGGCCCUCACGGGAUACUUCGUUUAUCAGAAAAACUUAAAGCAGAUACAUACACCGAAAGAAUUAUGAAUACUCUCAAAUUAGUGCCUUUAUUUCAAUCGUUUGAGCCACAAGUUGUAAAGCUUUGUGCGGCGCAUAUGAAAAUAUCUGUUUUACCCCCCGGAACGCAUUUAAUGAACGCUGGGAUAUUAACAAUGACCGUGUACGUAAUUGUACGUGGUAAAUGCUCAAUGACUUCAGAUCUUCCCGGCGAUAAAGAACGUAAAAGUGUUGUUAUCUUAAAAAGGGGAGAUAUGCUAGCACCGUUGGAAUUAUUACAUCGCCUUAAAUCGUUUGUAACGAUCCAAACUAUCACUGCCGUUGAAAUCCUGGAGUUGCCCUAUGAAACUUUUCAAGAUAUUAUUAAGAGUCACCCCUUAACAAACGAACCUUUACAAAUGUCGCUAACUGAACAUAUUGAAAAAUUUCAAAAUACUUUGUAUAAAAAAGGAUGUAGAUUGCCACCGAUGAUUUCAGUUAUACCGGCUUUAGGAGGAGUUGAUUCGUUUUCAUAUACUGUUUAUAAAAGGAAAUUGCUUAUCAUUGAUGAGUAUACUAAAGCUUUUCUUGAAAUGAAACAUUGGUCAUGGUUACGUUACGUUCUUCUCCGUCGCACAAUUGACCCCAAAGGAAAAUUUUUUAUUACUUGGGAAGCAUUUAGAAUAACAACAAUCUUAGUUGAUAUAACUUUGGGUUUGUUAACGGCGAAUUUGCUUUCGACGAAAUUGGCCGUGGUGAGUGGUUUGGUGGGAAGUUUUUGCUUCGUGGCAGCUGUAGACGUUUAUGUUCGGUUGCAUUGUCAAUACUAUAAUAAUGAUGGAAUCUUGAUAACGCACCCACUUUAUACCGCAAAGCAUUAUAUUGGAUGUUCGUUCCCUAUAGAUAUCAUCCAAACUUUACCACAGUUUUUAUUAAGAUCAGCUUAUGUGUUUGGAUCUGGAAAUAUCAUGCAAACUAAAGCCCUGUUGAGAAUUUGUUUGAGAUCUCUACAAAUAUAUCGGUUUUAUAAGUCGAUGACUUACUUAGAAAGCUUGGUUACUUGGUGGUGGGGAUCUUUACUAAUCAAAGCGAAAUAUACGGUGUUUCUUAUUGGAUUUUUAUUAGCAAUAACUAAUAUUUUGAUGAUUCUUACGUGUUCGUUUGUUGAUGUUACCGAAACCGAAUUUUAUAUUAACUGUAGUGGAAGAACUUGGAUUACUACUUCUUCACUCCCAGAAAUACUUUCAACAAACACAGUAUUUAUUCAAACUUUAUAUUACGUAGUAUGUAUUUACGCAGGAACUUUAACUGGUAUUUUCGGAAUUGGAAGUGGAAAUGAGUUAACAACUUUUAUUAUUUUGAUGUGGAUACUUUCUAUGGUAAGAUGGAUCGUUAUAAGCGGAUUCACAAGUUGUACCACUGGAGGUGGAAUUAAUUUAGCAAAUUAUCAAGCUCGUAUGAAACAAUUUUUAAAAUUUGCAAAAGAUGUCCGACUUCGCGAUCAUUUAAUAAAAGAAACUGUAGCGCAUAACGAAAUGGUUUGGAAACUAACUCAAGGAUCAAACAUUGCAAAAAUCUGCUCAAAGUUUAAUCCGUUUCUAAGAUCACAAUUUAUAUGUUUCUUAUAUGAAUCGACGUUAAGAGUGACGAGAUUAAUGUUGAAUUCUUCCGAACCGUUUUUAUUGGCGGUUGCACAACGAGUACAAGAAGUGCAUUAUAAAGCGGGGGCUGAUGUAAUUCGAUGCAACGAUGUUCAAGCUUAUAUAUACGUUGUAUAUACCGGGUUGGUUGAAAUUUCCGUUGCAAGUUGCCAAGUGUGUUUGUUGGAAAAAGGGGGUGUAUUUGGUUGUUUUUCUGCAACUAAUGGCGAAAGACAAAUGAUAUCAGCUAAAGCAAUAACAAAUAUAACUCUUUUAGCUAUUAAGAGUAAAGAGUUUCAUAGAUUGUUGCAGUAUUGGAAGAAUGAAUCUGCAGAAGAAAUUCUUAACGUUAUUUUAUCAACUAGACAAGAAUACAACAUCUCACUUAUGUGCACGGUUCCACCAGAAAUAUUUCACAAAAAAUAUUUAAGAAGCAUUAAAGGUCAUUUGUUGAGGUACCACAAAUACUUGGAAAGGUUUAAUAGAAUACUGCCAGUCACGGGAAUGAAAUAUAAAUAUUGGAAAUACAUAGUUUGCGUUCAUAUAUCUUUUAUUACCAGCACAGCUUCGUUAUUAAAUUUGUGUAUUAAUAUAAAAACACCAACACCCCUUGUGCUAAUGCUGUUAUUUUCUCUUUCCGAUGUUAUAUUUGCAAUUAAUCUGCUUAUUGGGUUCAGUAUGUAUUAUCAAGAUCCUUAUUCGGGGGUUUUAGAAAAAAUCGGGAAGAAUAUCGCCAUUAAGUAUUUAAAAUCAUAUUUUACCUUCGACUUGUUGAUUUGUUUUCCAUUCGAACAAAUUGGAUCAUUAUUUAUGACAAGUGGUUCGAAACUAUUUGGCAUAAAUAGAAUAAUAAGAUAUUAUUAUUUAGUAGACUAUUACAACCAGUGUAACGCAAAAUUAACUGUUAGUAAACAUCUACGUUGGACUUAUUUAUUGUACAAGACACUAUUUUAUAUUCAAUUAACUGCAAAUGUUUGGUUAAUAUUUGGUUGUGACGAUGGAGUUUGCCGAUACGUUUAUAACAUAGUAGGACGUCCAACUUACUUUAUCGAUACAAAAUCGAUUAGAACAGCCAUAAUCGUAACUUACGCCUUAGUUAUAAGCAUGUUUUCUUCCACCGGGUUAAGAUUAGUUUGCCCACACAACACCAAUCAAUUAAUAAUUAUUUUAAUAGUAUCAUAUUUAAUUCAAUACAUUAUUGCUACCAUCAUAAGCGGUUUUGCCACAUUAAUUAUGAUAGAACGAAGCAUCAUGAUGAAGUAUCAACACGAAAUUGAUAUUCUCAAACAGUACCUAAAGGGUCGUGAUUUAUCCCCACCAAUUUUUAAAUUAGUAUGGGAAUAUCUUCUACAACUGUGGAAUAUGCAAAGAGGAGAAUGGGUGCCUAAAGCUUUAUACGACGCUCCUUCGUACUUAAAACAAGAUAUCAUGAAAUCGCUUUAUAUGCAACAUAUCGAAUCUCACUAUUUGUUUGAAAACACCCACAUAGAUUUCCUUCGGCAAUUAGUUAUCCAUUUGAAACGAUGCAUCUAUUUACCGGGAAAUUAUAUUGUCGAAAGCGGUGAUGUUGAUAGUGCAAUUUACUUCAUUCAUAAAGGAGAAGUUGCUGCUUACAUGGUAUCCGGUGAUGAAGAAAUUCAAUGUUACUUUUUAAGUGCAAACAUGUCGUUUGGGGAAAAUCAGGGAUUGCAAAAAAUACCUUAUCAACAUUCGUAUAAGGCAAUUACCACCGUGGAAAUUUUAGUUUUAAAGAAGGAAUCUUGGGAUUAUUUAGUAACGCAUUUUCCUGCAAGUUAUGAACUUAUACAGGCUAAAUCUCUUGAGUAUGGACUUCGUUUUCAAGCUACGUAUGCUGGAAAAACUGGUGGUGUUGCAGUUUCUUUAAAUGCAUCCUUUUCUCUAACACAGUCUCUAUAA